CCCAACGUUGGUCCUUAUAGGGGAUUCACACUCAUUGGAGAUGCAUGUUGAAAUCCGAUAUGGGGUAAAUUUCAACUUUUCUUUCUGCAGUUAGCAUCACGUUUCUCCUUGAAAGAAAGUUUUGUAGGCGGUAUUGCAAAAGUAAGAAAACCAUUUAAAAGAGAGAUGACAAUCAUGGCUACUCCUAUCAUCAAAGAUGGGGACUUAAGUGUAAAAGGGAAGGUUCUGCUAACUAGUGUUCCUUCAAAUAUUAUCAUUUCUCCGGCAGGUAGUGGGUCAGCUUUCACCGGUGCCACUUCGUCUACGCCUAGGUGCCGCCAUGUGUUCAGUCUUGGAGUUCUUCAACAGAAACAUAGACUUCUAUGUCUAUAUUGAUUUAAGAUCCGGUGGAUGAUACCACGGGUCGCAAAAUCUGGUAGGGAUAUUCCGGUUGAAACCCAGCUUCUCCUUUUGGAAGCAAGGGAAGAUUCUGCGCUUAAUGACGAGACCAUAGAGUCAGCCAUUGAUAACACUUCUUACAUUCUAUUAUUACCGGUUUUGGAUGGUGAAUUUCGUACAAGUUUGCAAGGGUGUUCUACUAAUGAGCUUCAGUUCUGCGUCGAGAGCGGGGAUCCUAACGUUCAGUCAUCGCAACUCCUAGAAGCUGUUUUCGUAAAUUCAGGUUCCAACCCGUUCGAGCUUAUCAAAGAAUCAAUCAAGAUAUUGGAGAAGCACAAGGGUACCUUCAGUCACAUUGAUUGGAAAAAGAUUCCAGCAAACUUGGAUUGGUUUGGUUGGUGUCCUUGGGAUGCAUUCUACACUGAAGUCAGUCCACAAGGAAUAAUAGAAGGACUUCAAAGUUUAUCAGCAGGUGGAUGUCCUGCAAGAUUUCUGAUCAUUGAUGAUGGGUGGCAAGAUACAGUCAAUGAGUUCCUUAAAGAAGGUGAUUUACUGAAAGAUGGGGUUCAGUUCGCAACUAGAUUAGUGGAUAUAAAAGAAAAUAAAAAAUUCAAAAAUAUCAAAACUGAUGUUGCUGACAAUGACUUGCACGGAUUCAUCAAAUACAUCAAAGAAACAUACGGGUUAAAGUUUGUCUAUAUGUGGCAUGCUUUGGUCGGUUAUUGGGGAGGGCUACAUCCAACAUCCGAAGCGUUAAAGAAAUACAAUACAAAGAUCGUUUAUCCUAUUCAGUCUCCUGGCAAUAUUGGAAACCUUAGGGAUAUUGCUAUGGAUGGCUUGGAAAAAUACGGGGUUGGUAUUGUCGACCCAUCAAAGAUAAAGGAGUUCUACAAUGACCUUCACAGCUACCUUGCUAGUAAAGGUGUAGAUGGAGUCAAAGUAGAUGUGCAAAAUGUGAUAGAAACAAUGGCAUCUGGCUAUGGAGGACGAGUUUCAUUGGUUAGACAGUAUCAGUUGGCCCUUGAGGACUCUAUCGCGGGGAACUUUAAAGACAAUAAUCUUAUUUGCUUCAUGAGUCACAACUCUGACUACAUUUACAGCUCGAAGAAGAGCGCUGUCGCUAGGGUCUCGGAGGAUUUCAUGCCAAGAGAACCAACUGUGCAAACUUUGCAUAUUGCUGCUGUAUCAUUCAACAGUCUUCUUCUAGGGGAAAUUGUGGUUCCAGACUGGGACAUGUUCCAUAGUAAUCAUGAAACAGCCGAGUUCCAUGGAGCUGCUAGAGCAAUAGGUGGAUGUGGAGUGUAUGUAAGUGAUAAACCAGGGAUGCAUGAUUUCAAAAUCCUAAAAAAGCUAGUAUUACAAGAUGGGUCUAUUCUCAGAGCCAGAUAUGCUGCACGGCCUACUCGAGAUACUUUAUUUGAGGAUCCAGUUAUGGAUGGAAAAAGUUUGAUGAAGAUUUGGAACUUGAACAAGUUAGCCGGAGUUGUAGGAGUUUUUAAUUGCCAAGGAGCAGGAACUUGGCCCUGCAUAGAGAUACCUCUCAAAAACUUAGAAUUGGAAUCUAAUCCUAAAGCUAUCACUGGCUUUGUUAGUCCCAGCAAUGUCGAAUUCCUCGAGGAAAUUACCGGUGAAAAUUGGAUAGGAGAAUGUGUUCUAUAUGCUUUCAAUUCAGGGUCUCUAUAUAGACUACCUAAGAAUGGAAAGGUAGACGUCACUUUAGGUGUUUUACAAUGUGAAAUUUAUACUGUAUCUCCAGUCAGGGAAUACAAUCGAGUUGUUCAUUUUGCUCCAAUUGGCUUAAUUGAUAUGUACAACUCUGGUGGAGCAAUUGAAGCUCUGAGCUACUCAAACAGUGGCUCUUCAGAAUGUGUAGUUGAGAUCAAAGGGCCAGGAUGUGGUCGAUUUGGAGCUUAUUCUAAAACAAAACCAAAGUUUUGUUUAGUAAAUGGAAAAGAGGUAGAGUUCGAUUAUGACAUAAAGAAUGGGUUCUUAACGUUCAAACUUUCACCUUGUCUUGUUGGUGAGACCAAUUGGCACGAAACUGAGUUUUACUAUUGACAAACUAGUGUUUCUAUGCAAGUUCCAUCAAUUUUAUUUUUUAUUUUUUUUAUCCUCAUUUUUGUGGAUGUUUCACUGAAUUCCUACUGAAUGUGUAAUUCAAAUUGUAACACUAAAAUAUGCUGUAUU